AUGUCUGAUGGCCAUGCAGAACUGACUAGUCACAGCAAAUUUCACGCUGUGAAGCGGGAAGACCCCGUAUCCUACCCGUACGGCGAUGCACUUCCCAACGAAUUCCAGUGGCUGGGUUGGGACCCCGAGGAUGCGGAUCAAAAGAAAGACGGACAAAAGAUACACGAAGCGUUCAAACAAUGGGCAGAACUAGCCAAAGCAGGCGUUACAGCAGCCCAAGGAGCACCCGAUAACGUACACUUCAAACGCUUCUUCGGCACCCAAGAUGCGGACGACACCAAAGCCAUCCAAAACACCAUGGCAAACAUGUACGACAACACGGCAGGCACAGCUACAGAAACCAUCAAAGGCAUGGUCCUGGAGCGCUCUGACUUCGGUAACCACUGUGUGACAGACGGUUGGUUCGCGUAUACAGAUGCGGAAACCGGUCAUUUCCACAUGUGUCCUAAAGCCAUUGCCACGAAGCAGAACUCGGAGACCCAAUGUACGGAUUUUGCGCGAGACUACAUCGACAACACGGCUAGGACGCUGUCUUUUGUGAUGCUACACGAGUUCACGCACUACGAUGAUGUGACCGACGACAGGAUUGGGCUUAUGCAGGAUCACGCCAUAACUUCUGUCAAUUGCUUCAACCUGGACGAUGAAGACAAGCUCGAAAAUGCCCAGAGUUAUGCGUUCAAUGCUGCAGUAAGUCUUGGUUCCAACGACAGAUAUGAUUUAGACUAA